AUGCGUGAUCACCGCGGCUUCACCGCGCAUGUAGCACUUUCCAUCUUCUUGGCCGCAGGUGGUGCGCAGGCGCAGGACGGCAGCAGCGGUGUCAUGGAGAACUUCUCCAUCUUUCUCUUCCUGUUCAUCGGGGGCAUCGCCCUGGGGACGAUCAUCAUGCUUCCCAUCGCGUGUCUCCGCUGGCAAGGGCUGCCGCUCGAGCUGAAGCCACGCGAGCGCUGCAUGUGGGAGACGGCGCCGUCGAGCAAGAUGAGCACCGCCAACCUUGUGCUGAUGAGUAGUAUAAAGAUGGACACGCUGGGCGCGAAGAAAAAUGCGCUGAGGCCUGGCGACGUGUUGUAG